UGAUCUUUUGUUUGACCACUCGUAUAGAAAACCACCUGUAUCUUUUGGUAUUAGUAAUGACUUUGACGUCGGAUCUGUGCUUGAUGACUGCCUUGACUGUACAAAGGAUGAUAGUUUUCUUAAAAACUUGGACAGAGAACUCGAACAGUUAUGUGCACCAGGGUGCAGCGUGCUAUUUAAGAAGAGUCCAUUAUACCUGAAAGUACCUCAUUAUUUUGAGAGUGUGAUAGCGGAGAUGUCUAUUCAGUGUCCAGAUUUAUUGAAAAUCCUCACAGUUGCGUUAGGGAGUAAAAUUGGACUACCCUCCAGGAUGGCAACCAUUUCUACAGUAUAUGGCAUGAUUCUACAUAGCAGAAACAAUCAGGUGUCGGGGAUACAGAGGCUGUACACUGCAUUGGCAGUGAGGUACCAUGCAGACAAUAAGGUAUAACAUGGUUAUAUAAUUGACAUAUAAAAACAGUUUAAAAGUUGAGUUAUUGAAUUUACCAUCACAUACAUUUUUGAUGGCAUGUCAAAUUGUAAGACUACAUAUUAUAAUUACAGGAAAUAUUUUAAAAAAUUGCUGAAUCGAUUACACAAAAUUACCCCAAGUAAUCAAUUAUACUGUUCAGUGUAAUCAUGGCCCAUCACUGUGGCAUAGUGAUAGAAAUAUAGUCGAACAUGUCCUAAAGGUUACCUAUAAGGCUAUAACAGGUGGCCUUUAUAUUUAUAGACAGGUUUUAGUUAUAAAAUAGAGUAUUUAGGUAACCUUUAUUUAAAAUAAUUUCGGUAAUUAUAAUUAAUAUGUAGUCUUACAAUUUGAUAUUCCAUCAACAUGGUACCCCACCGUCAAUGCAGUGUACAGCCUCUGUAUCACCGACAUCUGCUUGUUUCUGCUAUGGAGAAGCAUGCCAUGAUUGUAGAAAUGGUUGCCAUCCUGGAGGGAAGUCCAAUUUUAUUCCCUAACACAACUGUGAGGGGAAGUAAUCCGGUAAUACUCUCCCAUUAGCUUAGGUCAGCAGUAGUGUCAUUGUUAAACCUGAAUUUGAAGGGUGAAGCGGUAUGCAAGUAUAAACUAGUACAUCUGUAUAUUGUUAUAUUUUAUAAAUGGAUCAAAAUCUACUGUAACUAACAGAGGAAAUGCUCACAAAUAAGCCCCCUAUCAGCUUUUAGUUAUUUGGGAGAGGGUUUAUUUGAGGACAAGUUCAUACAUUACAAAUAUUAUAGACAUGGAUUUAUGUCAUAUAAUUGCCAUUAUGCAGUGUAAUAAAGCCAUUACCGGUACAUAAAUUUUGUUAUAGACAUGUUGCUAUGACGUCACAUUAACAAUGGAUUCUUGACCAGAUAUAUGGUGGGAAAUAUGUCAGCAACUAUAAACUCAUAUCUGAAAUCCGCUAUAAAUGGAACUCAUGACAGAUCCUCUAUUUAUGCAUGAUCUACUAACACAUUUAUUACUGUUCUAACUUUUUUGUUGCAUUAAUGAAUUGUUUUGUUCAGUUUGUUUUUAUUUUAUUUUACAGUAGUCAGUACAACAGAAUUUGCUAUGCCUGCCGUGUUGAUUACUCACACGUCUGAACAAGGUCCAUCUAACUCUAACAGAGGAUUCCAAACGAAAUAUCAUUGACAGUUUCGGCAAAGAAAGUGAAAGUGGUCUCCUUGAACAGUUGGCACAUGGUCAUGAUGGAAAGCUCAAUGGUGACAAUCUAGACAUCAGGGUCAACACCAACGAUGUGAGGAUGAACAAUCAUGACAAGGACUAUCAUUUCUUUGCUACCGAUUUUACCUUGGAUCGCGUUGAAUUGAAAGGACUAAAUACAGAAACUCCCCAAGUUGGUGAUGUGCCGGUCACUUGUUUUAUUCCUUCUGACAACGAGAAAGACCUGUUCAAAAACACUUUGAAAAUCCUUUUGGCAAGGGAAAUGGUAACUGUUCCUGGAUUUGAGUGGAUGAACAGCAUACUACCAGAUCACAUUCCACACGAACUUGAAGAUGACAUGGCCAAGAAAUCUGAGAUAUUUCUCCUUCCAGUAUCCCUAAACAACGAGAUUUCAUACUCUGACUGUGUUCACAUCCUGGAUGAGUACACCGAGAUAACCAACCACUGGUAUUCAGCAGCUGGCAGAGGAGGUGAAUUGGAUAAUCUCCAGAUUCCAGUAGGUGGUGAUCAGCUGACAAGAGUCCGAUUACAAGGUGCUAAAGGAUUGAGAGCAGGAGCACGAACAGCAGAGCAGAGGUUUGAAAGGCUCUAUCCAAUGGUGGUGGAAAUGUUUCAUGUACUUCAAGAUUUCUUGGAGAAGCUGUGCAAGAAAUUCCUGAAUUUGUCUAAAGGACGGGAUGCAGGAACCUUAGCCAAUAUGAAGUGCCAGAUUCAACGGUCCAAUGUAAAUGGGAAAGUUAAGAGUCGAUUCAAAGCACAUGAAGACUUUGUGCUGACAUGUGGCCACAGCUAUUUCAUUGCCUACAUCAUGAAGCAUUUCAACAUCACAGAUGGGAAACCAAUGCACCAUGCCCUUCCUGACAAGAUCCGCAGCUUCAUCAAUGCCAAGAAGAGAGAAGUUUUUAACAACAUUAUGGAUGAAGUUGUGGCAGAGAUAUUCAUACCAUUUGAGCUGGAGGAACCAAUCACGGAUGAGAUGCACAUCCAGAUAUCCAUCAUGACGCAGCCACCAGUAGUAUUCACAACUGUGGCACGCCCCGACAAUGGUACUGUGAAUGUAGUGUUGGAUGUUGCAGGAAAAAAGGUAAUUGUGUCUCUCAAAGUGGACACACUACUUCAUGGAUGUCGUGUUAACAUACCAGGAGUGACUGCACCCAUCAAGUUCGUGACAUUUAAACCACCGAAACUUGAGGAUGAUCUCAACAACUAUGUGGUGAAUUUCAUGCAGUGGUAUUUUAUUAUUCUGCAAAUGAAAGAUGCUUUGCACGAGGGAGACAUAUACAGAAUCAAUGUCAUUCUCAAGCAGAUGAUUCCAUUUUUCUACAGUCAUUCUGCUAUGUCGAAAUAUCUAACUGAGUGCAUAGACUAUAUCUUAAAAACAGAACACACUCUAUCACAACAAAUGUCAAUGUAAGUAAGG